CAGCUAUAAUACAAAAUCCACCAGUGUGUAGGUUAGUUGAACGCUCGCAGUAUGUGUAGAAUCACAUUACACAGAUGUACAAAUAAUGCAAAUUAUGCUACAAAGUGCGACACGUUGACAUUGCAUAGGCCUAAUAUUGUAAACUUUCCAUAAAAUUAUUGUUUUGUUUUUAAUCUCGCAUGCAUGUUCGUUAAGUAGAGAGUUUACAGUAUUCUAUGGGAAACACACAAUGCUGUUAUAAAUAUUUAUUCCGGUUAAUCCGAUCUUUAAGUAUCAGCUAACUAAUUUACAAACGCAGUGCGAUGGGAUCGAUUUGUAAAUGCUUUGUCCGGCAGCCAUUAAUAGUGCGACGUCUUUUAAGUAUUAGUGUAGUGACUUUGUCAUUUUUAGUGGUUAUAGUGAUUUUACAGCAAAAACCUUCUACGGCGUCGUCUCCUACACAAAAUGAAGUUACUUUCGAAAAUCCCUCGAGAUUAAACGAGGAAUAUGUGAUAAACAGACUACCGACAAAAAACAAAAGUAAGCGUUUGAUAUGGCCAGAAGAAUUGCCUUAUGGUGACCGAAUAAGGGAACAAAUGUUAUACGUGCCGGAUACAUACAAAAAUGAAACAACAAAACUCAAAACUAUUUUACUGUAUAACGGAAUUGGCAAUGAUUGGGAGAUACUUAAACUUAACCAAGGGGAGUUUUUAGAUUGUCCAGUGAGCAGAUGCUCACUCACUAUAGAUAAAUCUUUGGCUCCAACAGCUGAUGCUAUAUUAUUCAGACACCAUUACGAGCGACCCAAACAUAAAAGAGAACCAAAUCAAAUAUGGAUUAUUUAUUACACCGAAGCACCCUACUCGACGGCUGUUAUUCCGGAAUCUGAUCGCGACAUGUUCAACUGGACCGCACAAUACCGAAUGGAUAGCGACAUACCGAACCCUUACGGGUACUGGUAUGCAUUCGACGAAGAAGAGAUGCAAAAACGAUCCCCGUCGCUGCCCUUAAGAAACUACGCACAAGGCAAAACCAAACAGGUGGCUUGGUUCGUCUCCAACUGCCAUGCAAACAGUAAUCGGUUAGAGUACGCCACCGAAUUGUCCAAGUACAUAACGGUCGAUAUUUACGGCCAAUGCGGUCCCUUGGAAUGUCCCAAGUCGAAUUCGGACGCGUGUUUUAAGAUGUUGGAGACGUCUUAUAAGUUUUACUUGGCUUUCGAGAACGCACACUGUUUGUACUACAUCACCGAAAAGUUAUUCGUCACCUCGUACUACCACGACGUGGUUCCCAUCGUUUUGGGACCAUCCAAAAAAGAUUACGAGUUAGUGGCGCCCAAAAAUUCGUUCAUACACGUCAACGACUUCGAUUCACCACAGCAAUUGGCCGCUUAUCUACACGAAUUGGACAAGAACGACGACCUGUACAACGAAUACUUCAAAUGGAAAGGUACCGGUGAAGUGGUUACCGACGUGACCACGGUUACGUUGUUUUACUGUCGUCUUUGCGCUAUGUUACACGACGAAAACCAUCCACCAAAGAAUUACGCCGACAUCAACGAGUGGUGGCGAGGACCGGGCGUUUGUCGUCCCUAAAAUAAUAUCCAAGUAUAAUAUACAUAUUAUAAUUGUCUAUUAUCAUUGAAUCAAACUAAUAAUCCUA